GUUGUGCUUCAUCAUCGAUUCAUUUAUUCAAAGCCACUGCUGUCUAUCGUGACGCAAGUGCGCUUCGCGACUCUUUGUUGUCACACGCUGCGGUUGUGACAUCAUGACGCGGAACACUGGCAAGGAGCAGGUGGCCCCCGACCAGGCCAUGACAACAAGUGAGAGUGGUACAAGAAAGGGACACAACUCGAAGACUUUCGACUCUCCAUUCAAGAUUGAUGUUGGUGUGGAUGCCAAACGCGAUGACCCUGUGUGGCAUUUUGUUGCACGUGGCCGAUACUUGUACCCCGAGACUGCGGUGGGGAGGAAGAGUGGUCGACGAUGUGUCUGCAGAUUGUGCGGGAAAUCCAUUUGUGGGGGCAGUAGAGAAGCGAAGGAACAUUUCUUCAAAAGUAAGGAGUUCAGAUGCCCGACGGGGACCCCUGCUGUGUAUUAUACCAUAUGGGCGAAGAACAUGGACAAGUGUCCGAAGGACUUUGUUGCCUCGAUUGAGGAGUUGAAGAGGCUCCCUCCUGGCGCUCCGGCAUUCCAGUGGCCGACACUUUUAUUCCCAGAGGACUCGGAGCCUCGCCGGUCGCUUGCUAGUGAGGCAGGGCCGUCUCGCGGUGCAGUUGGUGCACCGGUUCUGGCACCUGUGGCGGGAGGACCGUCGGCCGGUGCAGUCCCACCGCCGGUACUUGGAGGGACCGCCGUGCCGUCGGCAGAGGCAACGAGACCGCCACCUGCGCCGCUCGAGGGCCACCGUAUCUCUCCGUCGGUUGGAUUGCAUCCUAUGUUCACGACUACCGCGGCCAGAGUAUCGGCUGCAGCAGGAGCUCCUUUUGCGGGUGACCGAGGCACAGUUGCGGCAGCCACGGCUCGAUGGUUUCCACCUCGACCUCCACGUUCAGCUCCAUCUUUGGCAGCGGCUGACUUGCGGGCGCCACAGCGUGCAGGCGCGGUACCUACGUCGCGGUGGUCUCCUCCUCGUCCUCCGCGUUCAGCUGCCCCUCAGUCGCACCCACCACCGCACCAGGACGUGCAGGGGGCUGCGGCUCACACGUAUCCACCAUCGACUCAUGCAGCAGAGGGCGAGGGUCCGCCCCCACCAAUUUCACUAUCUGAUUCUUCGCCCAUACCUGCUGCCGAGACUGCCCCCACAUUCGCUGGUGUGGUCGCAGGGGAUUUGGAUCCUAUGGAGCGGCUACGCAACAUUCCACUUCCACAGGCCAUCACACUGGCGAGUCCAGCUGGUUUGUUUGACAUGAGUGCCUCUGGUACGGUCGCACGAGGGAGGGGCACAUACAAGCAGCAGGCGGUCACCUCGUAUUAUUCUGACCCUAGAGAGCGUGCAUGGCACAUGACGAUCAUGCAGUUCAUCGUGGAGAGUGGCAUGCCAUUUAACUGCGUGAAGCUUGAGAGCUUCAGACGGAUGUUCACAAUCAUCAUCCCUCCUGGGGUCCCCGGGGCUCCCGUGCCUAAACCCCCGACUUAUCACAUGGUUCGAACGACGUUGUUGGACGAGCUGGAUGCAGAGGUGCAGCAGUGUGUGAGACCAGUGCUCGAUACCGCGCGUCAGAGUGGUUGCACUAUUAUGACGGAUGGUUGGACAAACAUCCGUGGUCAGACAUUGUGCAACUACCUUGUCGGUACAGAGAGGGGACCCGCGUAUCUUGCCACUGAUGUCGUUACCGAGGACCCGUGGCGCGACACUGUUUGGGCCACGCGGAAGGUCGGUCAGGAUGCCGCCGAGAUCACAACAUGUGUGGGGUCUCCUCCAUGGUGGGAGGAUUUGAGGCGUUUGUGUAAUAUCAUGGACCCGGUCAUGGAGAUGCUGCAGAUGCUGGACAGUGACACACGGCAGAUCAGCAAGGUCCUGCGUCGGUAUGAGAUUAUGAUCGCAUCUUGUCUUACCGCGUGCGACUCCCUCACCGCGACAGAGCAGGAUGAGAUCCUUGAGGUUUUCGACAGGCGGCGCACCAUGUUCCGUACUCCAGUGCACAUAGCGACCAUGAUGCUUGAUCCUGAGUUUCGAGAUGCCAUCCUGCCGGACGACGAUGUGAUGCAGCAGGGGUUGAUUGCCGCUUUGGUUCAGUUUGGCUACCCUGAGGGAUCUCCGCAGCACAUCGAGGUGCUCACCGCGAUCGACAAGUUCCAUGCCAGGGAGAGGCCUUUCGACAAUGCCACGAUGGAUAGAGAGAUGAGGAGCUAUGAGCACCCGUCCAAUUUUUGGGAGUCGAAGUCGCGCAGGUUUCCACACACCGCAUACUUUGCCAUGAGGAUCCUGCGUGUUUGGACGACAGUGUCGCCCUGUGAGAGAGCUUGGUCCCGUUGGAGUUUCAUCCACUCGAAGACUCGCAAUAGGUUGGAGGUUGGAUGGGCUGAGAAGCUCGUGCGGUGCCAUUGGAACCUCCGUCUUCUCGACCGUCCAUCUCUGACCGAGGACGCUCCUCACGACAGACCCAAUCAAUUCGGGAAGUGGGUUCACUAUUGGCAGCAUUUGGAGGACGAGUUGCCCACUGACCAGCAGGUUGUUGCGGGGAGUGGAGCGAGAUUGGCAGCCACACAGGAGGAGAUGCGUGUGGCGAGGGAGCGGAUGCGCAGUGUUUCUCGCAUGGGCACCGAGCACCGCCUUGUCCAAUCGGACAAGAGACGACAUGGACGUGUUCGGGGUCGUGGCGGGCGUGGUGGGCGUGGGGGGCGUUCUGGUCGUGGACGAGGUGGGCGUGGGGGACGCGGACGUGGAUCAGCGGGCGGGAUAUGUCCUCGUAGUGCGCAACCUGGGCUGCGUGAUGAGGCGAUGGUCGACCUUAUUCGGUUCCCUCGACAGCAUUGGGACGAGGGUGAUUUUUUGUAUCACAACUCCGAUAGCGACGACGAGGAUUUCUUCUGUACCGCCAUGCCGCGAGGCGGAGACGACGACGGCAGGCCGGACGACGACCGUCCGGAUGAUGACGAUAGUGAUGAUGGAGCGGGCGACGGUCGGGACCCUCGAUCGUUGAGACGGGGUGGUGGCACUGGUGGGAGAGAUGCUGUUGCACCACGAGAUGCAGCAGGUGAUGGCGGAGGAUUAGACGUCGUCGACGGUGGAGGCGGCUCAGGCGGGCCACAGGUCGAGGAUACUGGAGCAGCGCCGCAGCGUACACGUGCGGAUGUGGCUAUGGACACCGAGCAGCAUGCGGGAGUGGACGUUGUCGACGACGGAGGCAGUAGGGAUGGACAGGCCAGUCCCCCGCAUGGCUCGAGACCUCACCUCGUACGAUUGCGGCAUGGGCCGAAGAGGACACAGUCGAUUGCCGAUCGUGUGCGGCMCCGCCACGGGACCCUCCCCCCCACCGUUCGUCCACGAGCCGUUGAGUCUGAGCUUGUCCCCGUUUCCGAGGACUCCAUGAGUGAUGGGCCCGUCGAUGAGCGACACCCAUCACCUGCCGGCUCGGCGCGGGAGACACAUCCGGUUGCCGACGGGGCACAGGAGGAUGCACGUCCAGUUCAUGGCACAGAGCAGGACGCACAUCCACUUCCACGCAGUCCAGUGCUCGGUGGUGGUAUGGACGAGGCUGACGUGUGCAUGGAGGUGAUGGAGGCAAUGGACUUAGGAUGUCCCCCUGCGCCGAUGACGGACGUAGAUCAGCGCGCCGAAGCGGCGAGUGGAUUACCACGCACAGAUAUCUCAGGAGUGUCUACCAUGGAGGAUGGUGAGAUCACUCCAGCGGCGGGAGACCUAGGAGACGGGAAUGUUCGCCUCUCUCACCCCACUGGCAGUCUUCCUCGAACUGCUGACCUGCUCUCCAUAGGUUCUGCACUCGACGGGCUCCCCGACAUCCGCACCCUCGUUUCACCGUCAUUGUCGUAUGUGCAGCCCCCUUGCCCCGAUGGUAGGAGCACCCGGGCCGCAGGAGACGAGGAUGUCGGCCUCGCAUGCCCCGAUGGUAGUCUUCCUCCCAUAGGCGACAUGGUGGGCAUGGGCACGCUCCCCGACAGCAUGUUUGGUGCUGUUACGAUUAUUCCACCAUCGUUGCCGCUCGUGCCGCCCCCUGGCCUCGAGGGUGGGCCCGCCCGCGACGCAACAGACAGAGGGUUUGACGAGUUCGGUGGAGAUACGAUAUUGUCUGCCAUGGCCUCUGCAACCCCAUCCGUAUUUCGGGUGGGGAAACCCCACGAGGUCGCUCUAGGCUUGGCCGAGACCACGACACACCAUGGAGGUCUGCCACAUACGAGGGACGGGCGUAGCUCCGCACAACGUAGCCUCGCUGACUCUUUGGACGAAGCGUCUUCUGACAGCGGCGCGCGAGAGGGUGCGCCAUUGGGUGGACUUGGAGGGGAUCCUUGUGUGGGAGCACCGUCGACGACCAGGGGUGGAGAGGGUCGAUCAGGGGCACCUCCGACCAGCGCAAGCCACGCAGAGCCUGGGAAGGACAUUACACCAGCUUCGUUGACUGCCGGUCGCACUGGUGACAGACCUGCCACGCGCAUGGAUUCUGCACCACAUGCGGUCGGGAGGGGCGGUAGGGAGGAGCGACAGGGAGGAGCUUAUGCGGGGGGUCUGGCCCACCUGUGCCAAGGUUGGCAGCAUCGUCUUUUUACGGUCGGGGGAAAGCAGCACCAGUCGAUGGCGGAACCGCGGCAGGGAGGAGUGCAUGCGGCAUGCCAGAUGUGCCCUUUGGAACACAUUCCAUCGGCGCUGUUGGCGGUCGUAACCAUGGUGCGAUGCGACGGGGAGGUUGCUGCAGCGCAUGGUGGUGUACCGGAGGAUGGACAGGCAGGUGAUGGAGGCCGUUCACGCAGAUUGUCAUGCGUGCAUGACAGCUCCGGCAGCGCAGGGGAUGAGCGGCGCAACCACACCGAGGGGGCUGGUCGUGGAGAGAAGAGACGAGGUGCUUUCACCAUUGUACACGAUGACAGUUCUGACAUCCCGGCCGGCGAGUCGAUGGGGGCCGACGACCCAGGUGACUCCGAUUAUAGACCGGAUGGAUCUCGACCUGCACGCAUGGAGUAUGGAUCUCGACCUGCACGCAUGGCGGACGGAUCACGACCAGCACGCAUGGCGGAUGGAUCUGAUCCUGGAGGACGUCGACUCAGACGCAGGGCAGCACUCGAUGCACAGGGACAUUUGACUCCUUCGACUCUGAGACCAUUCAUCCCCCGGCCCUGGGUUGACAGGGGCGAACAAGCUCGUACAGUCCUACUGGCAAUAGAGGCUAGGCGACUUCAGAGAUUGACUCCUGCAUUCCCGCGUCGUGAUAGGACUGACGAUCAGAGAGAGAGGCAGAUAGUCACAGACAUAGGGGGAGUGACAGGGGGGGGGUAGGUGAUGGAUCUGAUGGUGGAGGCGGGG